CCCAAGCUCGGUAUAGGCAGAGGUAAUACCCAAACCGCGUCCGGAGGAUUUCGGGGCGUUCUCUAUACAAAUCAGGACACAACAGACGAAUGGUCAGGAUUACAGCAAAAAUGGGCCCCACUUCAUCUCAGCUAUUACUGUCUUACACCAAGCGCUUGCAAUCUUACAUCGCCCAAGGCCGUAACGAGCAAGCUCUUUCCCUCUUUCACUACAUGCGAUCCUCGUGCUCUCUCUUACUCGACCCUUUCGUCUUCCCCCUCGCACUCAAGUCCUGCACUGCUCUCAACCGCCCGAGCACCGGUGCUUCCGUGCACUGCCACGUCACCAAAGCUGGCCUCCUCUCCAACCCUUUCGUCUCGUCCGCUCUCGUUGACAUGUAUGGGAAGUGCGUCUCCCUUUCGUCCGCCCGCAAGCUGUUCGACGAAAUUCUCCAACGGAAUGUCGUUGUCUGGAAUGUCAUGAUCUCACUCUACUGCCGUUCUAAAGACGUGGCUUCUGCGCUCAAGCUGUUUGGCGAGAUGGAUGUUUCUCCGAUUGCAUCUUCUUACAAUGCUAUCAUAGCUGCUUUGUCUGAAUCUGAUGAUGGGUCUUCUCGAGCGCUGGAAUUCUAUAGACGCAUGUGGGUUUUGGGCGUGAGGCCGAAUCUGAUCACGGUUCUUGCUCUGUUGCCUGCUUGUGUCGGUGUGGCGGCUUUGAGUCUGGUUAGAGAAAUUCACGGCUUCUCUAUUAGGAAUUACAUCUACCCACAUCCCCAUUUGAGCAGUGGCCUAGUUGAAGUUUAUGGGCGGUGCGGUUGUUUAAUGAAUGCUCGUAGAGUGUUUGACGAAAUGGCAGAGAGAGAUGUAGUCACGUGGAGUUCUAUGGUUUCAGCCUGUGCACUCCAUGGAGAGGCCCAGGAAGCACUGUUGGUUUUCAAGGAAAUGGAAUUGGCUGGAAUACGUCCAGAUGGGGUUGCAUUUCUUGGGGUGUUGAAGGCUUGCAGCCAUGCAGGUUUGGCGGAUGAGGCUUUGAAGUAUUUCACGCGAAUGCGGUAUGAUUAUGGCUUAGAAGCAAGCCGUGAUCACUACUCAUGCUUGGUCGAUGUUUUGAGCCGGGCAGGGAGAUUGAAGGAAGCCCAUGAGAUCAUAAGAGGAAUGCCGAUGGAAGCUAGUGCGAAAGCUUGGGGGGCUUUAUUGGGUGCUUGUCGGAAUUAUGGCGAGGUGGGGCUGGCAGAGAUUGCUGGAAGAGUGUUGUUUGAGAUAGAGCCUGAUAAUGCGGGGAACUUUGUGCUGUUGGCAAGCAUUUAUGCAGGGGCCGGGAAGUUCGAGGAGGCAGAAAAGGUGAGAAGGGAGAUGAAAGAGAGGGGUGUGAGGAGAAUGCCUGGUAGUAGCUGGGUUAUAUCACAGGAGUCGUGACUGGCUGUGGUGAUUUGAAUGUGUUUGUGGGGGGAGUUAGUAACAUUGAAAGCAUUGGGCUUCCCGUGCAUUCUGGUGUUUGAUGGAAUUUGCAUCUAUUGAUCUCCCACAUUAUGUUAGCCCAAGAGGAAAUGAAUUCCAUUAGGGUCGGAAAAGGCAAAGAAAUCAUAGCAGAGUCCUUACCCCUCUCCCUGUUUGGCAGAGCAAAAACAAGAAAUGCAUAUGUCGUCGCAGCAGGGAUAAUCGAUGGACGACCUGUGGGCCGUGGGUUAUUUCUAUUGAGCUGGUGUGGAUGCAUCUCCCUAAGCAUGUGCUUGUGCUUGUGGGCACAGUCGUUUGGAGAUUUUCUAUCGGCUUCAACCCGAUCUGGGUUGCUGUUGAACUACAAAAAGGAGCUGUGAGCUAUUACCAUGGUUGAUUACUUCCUGAUUGAUGCUGGAGAUGGGAUCUUGAUUCGCUUAUUUGAUUGGAGGUCAGAGUGGGCCAUUCUCGAACGAUGUGGGCUGAGGUGGAUGCCUCAGGAGGUGCGACUUUGAUGGCCUUUGUUCUUGUUUGGUGCCUACAUGAUGAUGAAUGGUUUGAUGGGGGGGCGACAGAGAGUGAUGGUCUAUGCCAUCAAGAAUGGGGCAGAGGAGAUGGUAAAUAUGCAUACGAAUCAACUGCUGCGGGUAGUCAUCCUUCUGUUUGUUGGGUUUCAUUUGCUUGAGCCUUUGGUCCAUACUAGAAGGCGAUGAAUUUCCUACUCCUCGAUCGACCAUUUGGAUUGAACCCGAUCACAUUGACAUGGUACUAGAGCAAUCUUACUGCAGAUUGGUUAGAGAUUGAA